UCAGCCUCUUAAACCUAUAAUCUCCAUGGUCAAACCUGAAAUUUUCCCUAUAAAUAACAGUUUCAUGGUCCUAAGCUGAAACAAACAAGCUAAUUGCAUUAUAUCAUCAUUAGUUUCAACAAUGUCUUCUUCAAGAUUUGCCUCCCUUCUUCAUCUGUUAACCUUUGCUUUCCUUCUCCAAACAGCUUUUGGAGUUGACCCUCUCUUCCAUUUUUGUUCAAACUCUGCAGGGAAUUUCACUGCCUAUGACACUUAUGAAGGAAACUUAAACAAACUUACCGGUUACCUCUCUAUUCAAGCUCCUCUCCCAGGUUUUGGCCUCGGCAUUCUAGGGCAGGAGCCGAACCAAGCAUUUGGGCUUGCCCUUUGUAGAGGCGAUGUGUCAACCCCAGAUUGCAAAACCUGUGUUGUUGAAGCAGGCAGUGAAAUCCGCAAACGCUGCCCUUACAACAGAGGUGCAAUUAUCUGGUACGAUAACUGUCUUUUGAAGUAUUCAAACACAGAAUUCUUCGGCCAGAUUGAUAACCAGAACAAGUUCUACAUGUUGAAUUCGAAUUCUGUGAGCGAUCCCGUUUCAUUCAAUCAGAAGACUAAGCAACUGCUAAGUCAAUUGGCCAAUGAUGCUUAUGCAACUCCCAAACUGUAUGCCACUGGGGAGAUGGAGCUGUAUGGAUCACAGAAACUUUAUGGAUUGACUCAGUGCACAAGGGACAUUUCCAGCAGUGACUGUAAGAAGUGUCUUGACGGUAUAAUUGGUGAGCUUCCAAGCUGCUGUGACGGGAAAGAAGGAGGUAGAGUUGUUGGUGGCAGCUGUAACGUCAGAUAUGAAAUAUACCCUUUUAUUAAUGCUUAAACAUUUGGAAAGAAAAAAAAAAAAAAGAACUUCCGUUACUGAAAAAAUGUGAAAAAUUAAUGGAUCAAUGCGAUGACUGUCGGUCAUCACUGAAUAAAUAAAACUUCUGUUACAAUCA